CAAAGCGUACAUUUCAUUCAGCGUAUUUCAGCGACAAAAAUGAUUUUUUAACGAUCGGUAUUUCAGUUCAGAACGUAACACAAAAUUCCAUUAAAUGCGAGAUCUAUUUUAUACACUGUCUAUGGUCUCGUCGAAGUCGUAAACGAUGUUUACUGGUUGUCAUUAUUUUCGUCUGUAAAUUUUUAAUAAUUUAAAAUAUGUUAGAAAAAACAUCUGGUAUAGAUAACAACCAGUUAUCCAAAGAAGAUUAUUUAAUUAUGCGUGCGAAAGAUGCAUUACCAAUUGACAUUUAUGCAGCUAAGUCCUGGUUAAUUACUGCUAGAUCGUUGUUUCCUCACAGUGCUAAAGUUCAGUUCGAAGCCUAUCGGAUCGAAAAGCUUUCAAAAAAUGUGAAGGAAGCAGCAAAAUGUUUUAGUGAAAUAUUUCAGAAUUUUCCGGACGAUCGCGAUAUAUGGAAGGAAAUAGAAGCAGUAACAGCUUGUCUUCGUUUGGAACAAUGCGAUGCCGAAGCAGAAUUUUUAUGCCAAAUGUUCCAACAUAUACCGCAAGAACUUCAGCAUAAAUUGCUUGUCAUGACUGCUGAUCAUAGCGAAGAUACAAUGGAGCACUGUAAAUUAUUACUUCUUUUACUGCGUAGAUUUCCUCAAACAAUUGCCACUCAUGGACCACGUUUAGUAGAAACUCUUCUUACCGCGGAGAAACACAGUCAUCCAGGAUGUGCGGUAAACGGAUACAGAAAAUUAUUAACCUGUGACGCACUACCUCUCCUUGGUACUGCGCCGGUAGUAUUAAAUCCGAGGCUUAGCUUGAGAUUACUUUGUAAAGCAAUAGAAUUUUAUUUGACAUACAUACAGCAGCCGCAAGAUAAUCAGAUUCAACAGCCCUGGGAUAGACUGUUUCAAGUUGUAGAAUUAAUAGGGAAAAAAUUAGGCUGGGAAUUAAGUAGUUUAUUUUCUAUGACUUGGAACAGAGAAGCAUAUUGCGAAGGAUUGCACCAAUAUGCUGUUACACAUUCUGCUAAUUUAUGCGAGGAAAUGGUGGCUAGACAGCUAUUAAUGUGUACUGUUGCAGUAUUAUUAAGAAUAUUAAAUGAACAUACUGCACUGAUUAAUAAUGAUGAAACCAUGUAUUGUUUGGUAGAAGCAUUCGCAGAAUGCGUACAUUCACCCACAGAACCCAAAUUGAAGAAACGGAAAAGGGAAGAUAAUGGAGGAAUCGUAAUAACUAGCGAUGGUGAUUACAGCGGUAAUGGAUUGGCAUUAAAUGUGAAGUUAUGGGACUUGUUACAUAGUAGUGAUUAUUUACAAAGAGAAAUCGGGAAACUAAGUCAACAACUCCGAUUAGACUCGUGGCUAAAUUCUUUUUUAACAGAUUUAGCUAUGUAUAAGGGUUUACACCAUGAAGUGUUACCAAGAUUAUCUCAAGAACCAGCUAGUUUAUCUGUUCACCUUCGUUUAGCAAGUACAUGUUUCUUCUUGAAAGAUUAUAAGGCAAUGUUAGAGUAUAUAGUUUUAGUAGUUACUGCAUUACCUUCGGUUUGCAGUAAGGUAUCUCACAAUUUAACUGUUCCAUGUGGAAGACACUUACAUUAUUUGACGCUUGCACGUUUUCCUGUUAUACAGUAUUGUUGCAGAUUAUUGCUUCUAGCAAUAAAGGAAAAUUUCUCUAUACCUGGUGCUGUUGGGGAUUUAGCUAUAGGACAUGCAUUAGUUCUAAUGCAAAUUGAUUGGCCGCAGGAAGCUAGUGCUUUAUCCACAAUUACGGAAAGGAUUAUUAAUCGUGGAACUUUUUCUUACCCAUUAUUUCAGGCUUAUAUUAUAUGUGUAGAUAUUUUAGAAGAGUUAACAUAUCUAUGGACAGAACAUGGAGGUGGUGUAUCUUUAGAUAUAGCUACUGGAUCAGGGAUUCUACAAAAUCGACGUAUUACUACUCGUGGAGCAGAUAAAGGAGUCCGCGAAGAAGUAAAACAAGCAAUGCGCCGACAAGCAGCUCGAGAUGGCAUCGAUCCGUUAGAUGAAUUGUUACAAAAGUUUAUUAUCAAUGAAAAAACAGCCAUAUUACACAGUUUAAUUAUUCAAUAAAUCAAUUUAACCUUA